CCGGUACUGCCAACCUGAAGACAUGACAACCCUGUCCGAAACGUCAAGAGCCCUUCUUUUGGAUUGUUCUUCCACAUUGAACGAUCUGCCGCGUGUUGUGCUCCGAUAAAAUAAGCAAAAAUGGCCGUGCGACCAGCGUAUAAGCCGAAGAUUGUGAAGAAGCGGACGAAGAAGUUCAUCCGCCACCAGUCGGAUCGCUAUGAUAAACUCGCUCCCAACUGGCGCCGGCCGAAAGGUAUUGACAAUCGGGUGCGCCGUCGCUUCAAGGGACAGUACCUGAUGCCGAACAUCGGUUACGGUUCGAAGAAGUCCACCCGCCAUAUGCUGCCGACCGGAUUCAAGAAGUUCCUGGUCCACAACGUCCGCGAGCUGGAGGUGCUGAUGAUGCAGAACCGUGUGUACUGUGCCGAGAUCGCGCACGCCGUGUCGUCCAAGAAGCGCAAGGCUAUCGUCGAGCGUGCCAAGCAGCUCGCCAUUGCCGUGACGAACCCGAACGCCCGGCUGCGCGCCCAGGAGAUGGAGUAAGCCCUGGUGCAAGAGAGGUUGGGGCUGGAGGUGUCCCUCCCUUGCUGGAGGUGCAUCUUCGCUUCUUCUGUACACUUGGGUCGUCUGUCUGCGGAGUGGAGCUAUACCGUGUU